AUGAAGCAACAACCACAGGGAGCAACUGCUGCCAAGACAGAGGAAAAUCCAUUGUGUAAGGAGUGCAAUCGCUAUCACUAUGGCCAGUGCUUGUGGGGCACCUACAAGUACUUCAAAUGUGGAGGAGACGGGCAUAAAGCUAAAGAAUGUCCGAAGUUGCGAGAACCGGUGACCGGACGAACAUUCGUAAUGCAUGCCAAGGAAGCAGAGCCAGAUACUACACUUAUCACAGGUAGGAUAUCCAUCGCAGGUGUAGCUACAUAUGCUUUGCUGGAUUCAGGAGCUACACACUCAUUUAUUUUCGAGACCUUUGUAAAGCGACUAGAAAUCUUACCAGAAGACAAGGGGAUUGUAUUUAGAGUCACCGGACCUUCUGGCGAACAGAUGUUAUCUACCAAGAUGGCGAAGGACAUGGAGCUUAGACAGCAGGAGCAGGUGGUUCAGGCAGAUCUCAUUGUGUUGCAAUGCAUGAGUUCGAUAUUAUUCUGGGAAUGGAUUGGUUAUCACGGAAUGGAACUUCGAUCGGCUUCCGACGGAGGAUAG